CUUCAAUCGCUUUGUGAACGAAGCAGAGUGAAAGUUGCACAGGGACAAUGCGCUCGAGGGCAAAUCACAAUUAUGAUUUCAGAACAUGGUAGCGCCACACUUAACUUCCACCUCAUUACAUCAAUUUUAAACUGAAACUGCACCAACGACAGCAUUUUGUUCACUAGAAAGGUGUUAUUGAUCUUGAACCUUAACAAACAGCGCUGUCAGUUAAUAAAUCACAUUCCUUCAAUCUAACAUCGAAUUGGCCUUCCCCUUUUUACAGUUCCAUUCCUGAAACUGAGAGAACGAGAUAACGAAUAUGUUUAGUAACCUGACCCAGGCCCGCGCGAAUCAUUUAGUUCAUUAGCAAUUACUAGAUAUUAUGACGUCAAUGGUGGAAUGUUCCUUGCUUUGUUAUUCCACCGAAGAUGGAUGAUCUACAAAUCACAGUAAGCGAUGGAGAGAGAGAGUUUCUGCAAUAUUUACAUGGCUAUCCUGGGGAACCAGAAUGGCUUUCAGCUUUACUUGACGGAGAACAAGUUCCCCAGGAACCAGAAAUUACAGAAUUACUGCAGAUGCUGGUAAAUUUACGGAUCCAUGUACGAGUUCUCUACGAAAAACAGAAGAGUAUAGCAAACAAACUAGAAGUGUCUGAACUGUUGGCCGAGAGUAGACUGGAACGUCUGUCAGAUAAAGACAAGCAGAUUGGGGAAAUGACACAGUGGAUAAGCGAUCUAAAGCGACAACUUGAACUAGAGAAGUUACGACUGAAUCUGAGGCUGAAAGACAUCAAGCACGCUGCUGAGAAAGAAAAUGUCGAGACGCAGAACGAGAAGGAGAGAGUUGUAGUGGGGUUUGAAAACGAAAAAAGAGCAUUACAAAGAGAGCUGUGCGAGUGCAGGCACGAAAUAACACAGCUACAGAAUCGCUUAGUUGAGGCCGUGCAGGAAACAGUUAACGUGACAGAUACUUUCAAGUCCUUCUAUGAAGAUUAUCUUAGGUUGGAAGAAGAUCUGUCUAAUAUCGAGCGAGAGCUGAUGCCAAUGCAAAAGCAGUUCCUUCAACUAGCUGAUGCCAUGAACGUAGACCCUAUAGAGUUACAGGACAAGCUUGAAGAGAUCAAGGAAGCUCUCAGUAAGAGCAAAAGUCACAAGAAUGUAAAGGACGUCUUUGAUAAAGUCUUGCUGGCUGCUGAUAAAGAUCAUACGCCUCAAGGGGGUCAAGUCGGGUCCUCUUCUGAGGGUAGCAGUAGCUCAGCCAGCUUCAAUAAAGGUCAACUAAGACUGAAUUCGUCCAGCAAAACUAAACAGAAGGAACCCUCCUGUCCUUUCAGCCAAAAAUUCUUCCUCGAGGAGUUGGAACAUGAAUCGCGGAAGGAGGCAGAUGAAAAUGUUACCAGAGAGAAAGGAAGAGUUAAAAGAUCAAAGCUUGGCUUAAAGAUUCCAAAGUUUCAUUUUUCACAAUGGAAAACCCGGAUUUGAAGAGACAAUUUGAAGCUUUUUGUAAAUCCCUAGACUGCUUAUAUAACUUUAUCGUUCAGUUUGCAGCGAACACCUCACUUGUCGUGCGAUUCUCGUGUACUUUGCCGGUUAUGCUUAACAACCACCGUUGCCAUUCCUCUAUCUAGUUUCUGAUCGGAGUUAAUUCUGGUUGUAUUUGUGAUAAUUCUCUCCCUUGAAUCAAAUACACAUGUUGAUGUUUAAUCAGUGUCAAUAAAGGAACGACUUGGCGCA